GCAACACAGUUAAAGUAUCAUCUGAUUCAUUUUGCGAAUAGUUCAUUUAGCCGGCGAUUGAGAUAAUUUAUGAAUCUAAUUAGAUUUUUAAAGGUACAAGUGUCCAAAAUGUCUCUGAAAUUGCUAUCCAGUGUUAAAUGUUUCGGUGGAGAGCAGCGUGUUUAUUCUCACGCCUCGGAAGUGCUGGGCUGCGAAAUGAAGUUUGGUGUCUACAUGCCACCCACUGCCGUUGAAGAUCAUGACGAAUGCCCGGUUUUAUACUUCUUGAGUGGUCUUACUUGCACCCAAGAUAACUUUAUACAAAAGUCUGGCUUUCAGCAACAUGCAUCGAAACAUGGCAUUGUAGUUGUCAAUCCUGACACAUCUCCCCGUGGAUUAAAUGUUCCUGGUGAGGAUGAUCAUUGGGAUUUUGGCAGUGGUGCUGGUUUCUAUGUCGACGCAACUGAGGCGCCGUGGUCUAAAAAUUACAAGAUGUACACAUACGUGACACAAGAAUUAGUGGAACUAGUGAACACCAACUUGCCGGUGCUGCCCAAUAAACGUGGUAUUUUUGGCCACAGCAUGGGCGGCCAUGGUGCAUUGAUAUGUGCGUUAAAGAAUCCUGGUAUUUAUCAAUCUGUGUCUGCUUUCGCGCCCAUCUCGAACCCCGUUCAAUGCCCGUGGGGUAAGAAAGCAUUCUCUGGCUAUUUAGGUGCCAAUGAGGAGUCAUGGAAGGCGUGGGAUGCGACCGAAUUAGCAACAGUAUAUGCUGGUACACCAUUAGAAAUUCUAGUAGAUCAAGGUUCAGAGGAUAAUUUUUAUAAAGAGAAGCAAUUGCUGCCAGAGAAUCUUUUGAAUGCCGGUGCUGAAAAUAGACACUUGCAAUUAGUUUAUAAGCAACGCGAGGGUUACGACCACAGCUACUUUUUCAUUGCCACGUUCAUUGGAGAGCAUUUUGAUCAUCACGCCAGAUUCUUAAAAGCUUAGACGGAAGUAGCCUGCUAAGGAAUAUGUAUAUCUUCACGUAGUACAUUCUACUUAUUACAUGGCUUUAAAUAAAGCAUUUAUUGAAAUAUCUACGAUGUGCGAUUACGGCAAAAUUGUUUAUAUGUAGAAUGUUUGAAUAAAAAGUUUUUUAAAUUUUUAUUUACAUACAUAUGUUCAUACCACAUAAUUUUUAUAGAUACGGAUUAAAAAAACUUUUUGUUUAUAAAAGUAUUCCUUUGAUAAUUAAAUUAGGAUAUCAACAAAGGUUAUUGGAUUACACGUAUACAUACCGUCGUUUAAAGUACAAAACCGCGUAUCAAGAAAAUGCAUAGCCACGUACGUGAGGUUGCCAAGAUUUUGUAGGAGAGAGUUAAGCUAGUCCUAUUUGAAAACGGUUCACUCUUUUAUCCCUAAUUAUCUGUUCUUAUGUCUAAGUAUCGAUAUUUAAGAGUAUAAAUGGAUAAGAGUUUGAUGCCAAGAGCUUCCGAUGAGCAAAUAUCUUUUUUUUACACAAAAAUC